UGUAGACUUUCAUGUUGUGACUCAUUUGUGUAUCAUUAAAUCAUGUUUUAAAUGAAGGUCUACUUGACUUGACGCCCCCCCCCGCGUCAUUCUUACGUCACAUCCGCCCUGAUAUCGAAAGUAUACACAGUACGACUCGAACCUUCCAUUCGGCCCCACGCACCGAAUCCAGUCUUACGUUUUUCAGUCCGCUUUUGGAUCAGUUUUACCUGUGAAAAGUUUUACCUGUGAACAGUUUUACCUGUGAAGGUUUUGCGGUUUCCGUCAUGUUGCGUUCGCUCCCCGCCGCUGUCACCGUCCUGAUUUGCGCCGCUGGAUCGCUGCUUCUGAACGUCAGAGGAGCUUCGACGGUGGAGAUCGUGACCUUUGUGGGCCAAACGGUCAUCCUUCCCUGCGGAGUCCAGAACAAAAACGUCCUGAAUUUAGAUUGGAUCAAGAGAGACGGAACCAUGCGCGGCGCCCUUGCCUUCGCGUACGCGAAUGGCUGUGAGAAGCCCGACAAGCACGACAACUUCACCCACCGCUCCCAGCUGUUCCUGAAGGAGGUGGAGGGCGGGAACAUGUCGCUGCGGCUCUCCGACGUGCGGCGGUCCGAUGCAGGGACCUACACGUGCACGAGGAGGGACGACUCCGCGGUGAUCACCUGCACGGUGGAGCUCUCUGUGGGUGCAGCUUCUGAGCCCACACUGGCGAUGGUUCCAGGGGAGGACGUCACCCUGCAGUGCGAAGCCAGCUGCUGGUCCCCGAAGCCCGACGUCACAUUUCUUGACGCUGAAGGAAACGUCAUCAGCGCCGAAGAGCCGAAGUACUCUCGAGACCCCCAAAGCGACUGUUACAGCGUCACGAGGAGAGCGACCGUGCAGGCGGGAAACAACUUCACCUGCAGAGUGAACCAAUCUGAGAUUGGCCAGACCAGGAAGACGGAGAUUCACAUUCCAGAUAACUGCAUGAAAUCCUGCAAAGUUGAGACUGUAACUGCAAUUGCAAAUACAAUUACAAUUGCAAUUGCAAUUGUAAUUGUAUUUGCAUUCCUACUGACAAAAUACUUAAACUUUGAACGGGUACGCACACUUAUCUGCACACCAUCAUCAGACCGAAGUUCAAAAAGCAGCUCGCAGCCAAGUCCAAACCCGAGCGACCAGGAUUCCCUUCUCCAAAACACGUCCAACAAGCAGCGGAGCAAACUCCACCAACCAAUGGGCCCGAGUCCCCACAACGCGGGGGCCAAACCGGCAGCCUCCACCACCGGCAACCACCCGAAGUCUGGCAACCUCCCCAAGAAUAAAGACUCGAAUCCAAAAUCAGAAAUCCCACCGCGCGGCGGCCCCCACGUUGAAGGCAGCGGGCCCGUAAGCAGCCCUGACCUUGGCCUCGGUGACGGCGGCGCGUCUCCCCCCCCAGUGUCUCCGAGCCCCGUCCCCGGGGGGAGGCUCGCUGCGCCUUCCAAGAGCUUCUCCGAUUCUCCGCCUCGCCCCAAACCACGCCGCGGCCCGGCAGGGCGUCCACGCCCCCCUGCUGACGCACAACCGCUACGGGGUUCUAUCCAACCUCCCGGAGGAGUAGAAGGGUCCGCUGCUGUGAACGUGAGCGCGCUGGAGGUUGGCGUUUGUGUGCCUUAAAAACAAAGUUUUACAAAAUGGUACGCGCGAGCCCUCACUCACUGUGAAGAACCUUUACUUUAAUGCAGCUGUUGUUCUUCAGUGUUUCCACUGCCAUUGUAACUGGGCAGAAUCUCAGGGUUUGCUUUAUUCUUGGUCACUCUGAGUAUUAACACCACCGGAGUAAAAUCCAUUCUGUCAACGAUCAAGUAUUAAACAUGGGUGAAUUUUUGUAAUUAUUUUUUAAAUUUUUUUAGGGCUUUUGAUUACCGUACACUAAAUAUUGAUAUGUGUGUGUUUAAUAGACAAAGUUACGCAGGUCAAGAGGAUUUACACAUUGACACAGCUCCAUUCAAGCUAUUUUUGAAUGGCUAUUAUCAUUGUGCAUUCAUUGAUGUUGUUCAAGUCUCACUAUAAAGGACCAUUUAAAUGCUGAUUUUAAACAUUACUCCAUGUCACGUCUCAGUUUGUCAGCUGUUCUGUCCCCUCCUCACCAACUAAUGUGAAUUCGAUGAUUUGGGAUUUUCUCUGUGACCUUUUGUCGAUGCUGCUUCACUUCCUGUUGGCAGGUGUGAACUUGUGGGUAAGAACGAGCGGAAAGUUUCACGUUGACAUGUUCAUGCACGAUGCAGGUUGUGAAAGGGAGAAGUCUUUAUGAAAUACUUUAGACGUAUUUAAUAAAAUAUUCAUCAUGUAUUAAAUCUGUGGUCAGAAUCUAUUUUGAAAAGUAUCUCUACAUAUUUUGAGUCCGUUAAAUCAGAUCUGCAGAAGGUUUAAGUGACGCCAUCCCAUGACCUUUAAUGACCUUUACAUGACUUCUACAGCAAUGAUCCUCGCCAUGGGGUCCAUGCAAAGUUUUCCUCUGUUGAAUAAACAUUUUAUCAAUA